CGAGUUUUCCGUCUGUGUUUCUGCAGCUCUGAGCACAGCAGAGCCGCAGCUGCAAUAACGCCUCUGAGCCCCGAACAGCCCAGGCUGAAAUAAAUCCUGUAAAUUCUGGGGAGUUUGGGGGGGUUUUGGGGCCUCAAACCUCGUGUGACAGAAAUUAAAGUUUCUACUCAGCUGACGUGCAAAUACCAGAUACUUUGAUGAGCUGUUCCUGCUUAGCAGACGUGGCUUUUGCGUCGCAGGCCCGUGCCCCUCUGGACAGAUGUGCAAAGGCUGCGCAGGUGAGUUAGAGAAGAGCUGUAAGCGAUGGCUAUGGCACUAAGAUGCUUCCGUCAUCUGCCUUCCCUGCUUUGUCGUUCUUCGUUCACAAUGAUACGGGGGCUGCCGCAGGCUCCUGCAGGCUGCCCGGCCCUGCUCCUGGAUGGCUGCAGGCAGUGUGUCCAUCAGAUGCUGCUGACCAGACAGCUAGCUACCAAAAAAGCUAAAGGUAAAGGGCAGAGUCAAGCCAGAGUGAAUAUCAGUGCUGCCCUAGUCGAGGAUAUUAUCAAUUUGGAGGAAACCAAUGAAGACAUGCAGGCAGUGGUAGAAGCUCUGAAAGAAGAUUUCAGCAGAAACCUCAGUGUUAGAACCUCACCAGGGGCCCUUGAUCACAUAAUCGUGAUGACAAAAGAUGGGAAGUUUCCGCUGAACCAGCUGGGGCAGAUCUCACAGAAGUCACCGCAGCUCAUUAUAGUGAACAUGACCGAUUUUCCAGAGAGCACAGCUGCAGCUACGAAGGCUAUAAGGGAGAGUGGCAUGAACCUGAACCCAGAAGUGGAUGGGACAAUAAUUCGGGUGCCAAUUCCUAAAGUAACGAGAGAGCACAGGGAGAGCCUGGCCAAGCUUGCCAAGCAGUCCACCAACAAGUCCAAGGAGGCCCUGAGAAAGGUGCGAAGCAAAAGCAUCAACCAGGUAAAGAAGUUCAAGAACAAAGUGUCUGAAGAUACCAUCUGGCUGCUAGAAAAGCAGAUCCAGCAAAUGGCAGACAGCACUGCAGCAGAGAUGGACAAGCUACUGGCAGCGAAGACCAAGGAGCUGCUUGGAUAAGCGCCAUCCCGAUGGACACACUCCCCCCUCGAGCAAGAACGGACUGCCACGCACCCCAGUGGCCAUCCCUGCCCGGAGUCAGCCGCCUCAGGCGAUGGGCAGGGGCGGCUCUGCCAGACCUCCAGAGCAGCUCUGUGCUUUGGCUGCUCCGAUUCCCCACCUUGGAUUGUACUGGAGGGAGGGGGGAACUCCCCUCGCUGUUCUUCAUCCGGGUGGCGACAGAAUUAGGUGAACUAAGAUUAAAAAUAAAAUAGCAGGAAGGGGGACUGGAGGCUGCUGGAAGGGCUCCCACGCAGAAGCUGAGGCACGGGAGGAAUGACUGCCCUGCUCGCCUCGUGCACCAGCCCCUUUGCAUCCCAGCACCUCGCAGCCUGCAGAAGCAAGGACCACGCGCAAGGGAAACCUGCGCUGUCCUGCUGUGAACCUCGGCAUGUAUUUUUGCUUAAAAUAAAGUCAAAAUGAGAUGUGGAGGA